UUGGUUUUCAUAUCUCAGACCAGCCAUUUACAUCUCCCAACAUUGUUUUUCAUACCGCAGACCAGCCAUUUACAUCUCCCAACAUUGGUUUUCAUAUCUCAGACCAGCCAUUUACAUCUCCCAACAUUGGUUUUUAUACCGCAGACCAGCCAGUUACAUCCCCCAACAUUUGCCACUCUACCUCUGGCCAACAAAUUCCAUCUAACAGUAUUUUUUAUCCUAAAUCAGACAAACCAAUUCCAUCUACCGAUUUUAGACAUCCUACUUCAGACCAACCAAUUUCAACUAAGGUUUGUAAUCAUCCCUUAUAUGACACAAAUCAGUCCCCGAGCCGUAAAAUUGCUUCAUUUUCGUAUUUGAAGAAGGAAGCAAUCGACUCGAGAUCGGAUGAAACAAACGGUAAAAAGUUUACUACUCAUGACUUUCCUAAUGAGGAAGAAACUUCUGAAACUUCCGGAAUGGAUGUUGAAUUCAAUAUCUCACAGCAGCAUUUCGUUGAUAAAGCAACAAAGGAAAAUUUACAAUCGUUGGAAAUUCAAACGAUGCAAACGAAUUUGCCUCAAAAUCCUGCACAAAAACUAACGGCAGCUGCAACUGAAGGAGCAUAUCUAGCCCGCCUCUUCGAUAAUAGUUACGAUUUUACUAAUGCUUCGCCAGAGAAAUGUUUCAAGAGACUUGAGAAAGGGCACAAUGAUUCUGUUCAUGCGGUAGUCUCGCCAAAUCAACAGGCACUCGGUAACCAUGACGAUCAGAAACUAAAUGAAACAAAGACAUCGCGUUUGCUGAACCAGGAACCAAAACUUCCGUUUUCUAACAAUUUCGAUCUUAAGUGUCCUGAACAUAAUGAUUCUGCGGCUGCCCAUCAAAAUCCAGAAAACCAAGGUCUGCAUGAAGAAGUUGAACCGUUGAAGAUGCCCCGAGAAACUUCAAAUUUCGACCACAGUCAUUCCUCGUUUAUCGACACGGCCAAGAAGAAGAAAGUUUGCCCCAAACUUCAAGCUCCACCUCAGCGUUUUUUACCAGGAUCAAACGGUCAAAGUUCUGACUUGGGGAAAACAUCACUUGCUGCUGAACUAAGCUGUCCGCAGUCCUGCAAACCAAAUGCUGAUGCCAAUAAUUCCUGUGACAGUCUUCAGUUUCCUGAUUUAGGAGCUAGUGAUGAUGGAUCAGUCUCAGCAUCAGGGAAAUAUUUAAAUGAUACAGUAAACAGCAUCCCUGCAGGAACAGAAAAGCAAAUUAUUUCUGCGUGUGAUAAUACUCUGAAUGCAAAGGAUUCACUCCUAGAAGAACCCACUGAAAGACCUAAACGUCAAGUAACAUUUAGCAGCCCUUCAGACAAAAUCGCGAAUUCAGCAAAAAAUUCGUCGGCAAUCUUUGUCCCACACUCCGAUGAAAGGCAAUGUAGUAUAGAUGAAGAUAAUCGGCGUGUCAACUAUUCGGUGUUUAAUCAAGAAGGAUCUGUUCAAUACUCAAUCAAAUAUCCAUUCAUUUCAAAUGAGAAUCGUGAUACCAAUUUUCCCACAUAUUCCGGGGAAAUUGAAAGUUGUGGCUCGUCAAAACUGCAUGCUGAUCAGAAUAUUUCUGGGAUCGAUAAUGCAGAUUAUCCAGAGAUCAUCAAGAGCACUGCUUGUCACAGCAGUUCCGAGCCAAGAGGAGAUGUACUUGAUGACAUAAUAAGAGAAAUAUUUAACGAUGUUGAUCAGCAAAGAGAUUAUUCACAGAAAACGUCGACAUUUCAAGCAACUGGUAAAGAAAACCUCGAAUUACCAAGUGAUCCAAUUUGUGGGGUCGGAGGCACGGAUUUCCCUAGAGUGAGGUUUGACUUGGUUUCAAAGCCUCGUAAUAACUCUUCUGCUGAUACCUUCCUAUCGAAUGACGCUCUAUCAAGGAAAGAAACUACAAAAUUUUGUGAAAAAUUCAAACCCUGUCAUUCCUUCACCGGCAGGAAUGGUUCAAAUCCUGAUAUUCCCCCAUCCUCUGGUUACGCUAAUUUAGGUUCGGCGAAGACAGCUUUCUACACAACUGCACGCGCAUCUUUCAAAACUUCCUUUUGUUCUAAGCAUGGUUCAUCUUGGCCGAAACCUAAUAUUAUUUCUAGAGAUUCUUCCACGUCUUCAGCAGUCACUCCAAUAUUACCGUCUGAUUUACUGCGGCCGUCUGAAGAACCAAAAAUAAAGAAGGAUCUAAUAGACGUUUCGAAAAAAUCUUCUAAUCUUGAUCCACUGCACAGGAUAAGUCUAACCAACUCUAACGAGAAUCAAAACUUGAAAAAAUACAAAUUGCAUACGAAUUCAAACGUUUCAACUAAUUCCUUUCGAAAUGAAUACGAAUUCAAUUCUUUGAUUUCAAAAUCUUCUUCUGCACUGCCACUACGCAGAUCUGACGAGGAACAACAGAAAAUUAACAAUAAUUUUGGAGCAAUUUCAAAUGAAGCAAAGAAAAAUGCCAGCAUUAAGGACGCUAAUGCUAAAACCACUCAAAACCCUGAUCCGAAAUUGCCUAACCCUCACCAGUCUUCUAAGGAAGCUCAGGCCCGAUGGCGUCAUCUCAAGGAGAAAGUUAAGAGAGAGCUCGUCCUCUUCAGCGAGACGGGAGCUGAGUCAGCAAUACGCUGCAGCUCACAGCGCCGUCCAAUCCUGCAGCACAACGUACGACAUUUCCAGAUCGGCUGUUGUCGCGUCAAGGCAGACGAACUUAAGGGCAAAUAUCCAACCAUGACGACGUUUUUCCAGGAUAAACUAUUUGUCUUCGAGUUCGAGCUCGACCGCGACUGCAGAGGUCGACCUCAGGAGUCCCAAGCCCUACAGCUGACCGACGAUGACCAGCGAGUGUCGGUGAAACUCCUCAUCAGACUCACGGUUGCUUUCGAAAGCUUGCGGCUCUUCACUCUCAACAGAGCUGUCGUGGAAUGCGUGGUGGAGUGCAGUCCAUUGCUCCAAGUGUGGCAACACUGCAAGCAACGAUCCCACUCCAGUGCCAACUCCAAGGAGCUGCUGAGUGAUGCUCAACGACAGUUCUUGGAGCAACUGCAGCAACAACUUCCCAGGAGUCCUAUUUUCAGGGCGGAGCUGUGCAGCGCGGUGCAGGAGAAGGAGCUCAGGUCGCAGUUGGCGGGACGCUGGCUCUGGUUCAAGACGAGCCUCGCGCGCAGGCCGCUGCUGCCGCCUUCCCUGCAGGCGCUCCCAAUGUGGAGCCUUACGCCUGUGUCGACCCAGCCCAAAAAUGAGAUCAACUCUAAAUCCCUAAGUGCAAUCACAAAUGAUUCUAAGGUUAGACAUCGUACGAACUUUUCUCGUUAUGAUGUAAAUGUGGACGUUCACAGCGCUAAGCAAAUUCAGAAACCUGGCAGUAGAAAUGCGGAUAAUUUAGCAGGUGAAGAUCAAUUGCAUAAAAAAAUGUUCGUUCAGUUUGCAUCAAAUAACGCGUGCACUUCCACUCCUCGACGCGGCAAGAAAAACCAGGACCUCUUUUAUGCAAGUGGCGAGACAGUAAAUCCCUACGAUAAGAAUGGUAUACCGGAUGUACGUGAAUCUUUUCCAAUUGACAAAAUUGGAAAUUUAGAACUCCCUGACGCUGCAAAAUUAACACGCAGUGAUACUCAGGCAAAUCCUCUUUCCUUGACUGGUGCAAACAAUCGCUUGCAGCAAUUGUCUCAGCCUAACAAAGAUUUCAGCAAUGUUGUUUCCAAAAAUGUUGAAAUUAAAGCUACUUUACCAGCCAAUUUAAAUUCCACUGUGAAAAAGCCACUCUUUCCAUUUAGUAAUCCACGGAAAACUGAUGGUAAAAUAUUCUACAAAAACCUGUCUAGUACGGCGCAAAAUUCAACAUCAAUUCCAGUCUCGAUUAAUUUUAAUUGGGACAAGCAAAUGGGGGUCGUUGAUCCCGCCGCUGCUCUCUUAAGGCAACCAACGGAACACAUCAUAAGUAUUGAAGAAAAAUCAACCAGGAAUUAUGGCAGUCCACUGAGUCGUAAAAGUUGGGAAGCAAAUUCCAAAACUGAUUCUAAGAGACUUCUUGAAUGUAGCCUUGGACUUUCUGCGGCUGCUUCCGUGCGCGGAGAAAAUUGUUGUUUACUAAAUGCUGGUCACAUCAAAAGGCAAUCAGCAUUAGUUACAUCUGCUUUCCCUAGUACAAAAAACGGCAAUGACCGUUUUUCGUCCGAAAACAUGGAGCCAGUUGCUGAGUUUGCGAACUUGAAACCAGAGUCUAGAAGGGAGAUAAAUUUUCUGGCUCACCCAACAACUUUGAACAUUGCAAAGCAAGCCACUUUCUCAGUGCAGCACGGAAAAACGUACUAUAACAUUCAAACUCGAAAGAUCAAACGAUCAAAUGGAUAUUUUGACUUCUCAAGUAUUAUCACCAAAAAGAAAUCCCGUAUUGUGGGACGUAGGUUUCAGUGCAGGACUCACCGUCCUUCAAUGUUUACGGAAACUUCACAAAUUUAUUGCCCUCCAAAUGAAAAUAAAGUAAAAGGAGUUACUUUGCUUCGUGACGCGUUUGAAUCUCGUGAUUUCGGAUAUCAAUCAUCGCACAUUGAGACUUCAUCGUUCCCAGCAGUGAUUCGUAAGAGAUGUAGAGGAGUUGGCGUUCCUCAAAGAGCGAGUUGUUUCCUGAUUAAUAAAAAAACAAAUUUCGCUCAGCAAAAGUCUGAAAUUCGCUGCCUUAAAAUGAGACUUCAUCAAAUGUUACAAAAGCUCAGGAGACGAGAAGCGCAAAUCGAUCUUGCACGAAUGGAAAAUUUCGAACGUUGUCGAUAUUUUUAUCCAAGUGUUUUGGAUGACGCGAGUGAUUCUCUCUCAGCGAAAGUUGUAAAUUCAUCGCAUGCCUGGGACGCGGAAGCAUUGGCAUCAACCCGCAAUAAUUAUAUCGAUGCGAAAAACGUAUCGACCACGAAGGCACAACUCGUGACGACUGUAUCCGUCUCGGAAAUUACAGACUCAACUUAUCCCAAAAAAUUAACUAUUGGCUUCCCUCAUCCAACAGGUGAGAUCGGUUCGUCGACUUGCAACUUGAAGUCUUCAACUAGAGUGAUAAAAAAUCCUGCAAGACAAUGCUCGAAACUUGUCCCCGUUUCUGAUAGCCAACAAGCUACUGAAUUGGAGUACUUCAUGAAGACAAACGAGCUGAAUCAAGAAGGAAAUACUACACUACAGAAUUCAUCAAAAUCCACGACGGUUUAUGCAAGUGAAAGGGCUUCCGACGCAUUUAACAGCAUUUCAAAACCCCUUUCUCUGUUUGGUAACAGAUUUCCUCUUCCAACAGCUAAUUUAGAACCUAGAAAUUUUCAGCAAAUGAGCAGCUCGUCGCGAUUAAUUCCAAUAAAUUCAGCUAUGUUGGUACCUGCAUCGAUGUCACAGGAGGCAUCUGCAGCCCAAAAAGGAUCGAUCGAAAUGCCUAAUGAUACUUGUUCUCAAUUGCCACAUUCAGAGGCGCCAAAACGAGAAAAUUUAGAGCAGGGACCAGAAGAAUUCUUUUCGGUACGCGAAACCGUCGGCUCAGAUCAAUCACUGCCCAUUGAGUCCGAUGCCCACGCAUUGCCCGAGACUUCCGCGAGUGCGAAAACGGGGACACAUCGAAGUACGCAGAAGAACAUACCCAUUAUCGACACUGCAAUUUUAAAAUCUUUCAGAAACAAAGCUCCUAAAAACCUCAAGGUUUCCAAAGUAAUAGUCAUACAUAAAGAGCCGGCCAAGCUGGAAGUGAAUUACGAUCAUGAACGAGUGACCGACUUUUGCGUGCACAAUCAAAGUAAAGAUAUCCUCGUGGAUGGCGAGCGUGACCGAAGCGAAGAUAUCUUCGUGGAACAGCUUUCCGCGUACGACUUGCCAGGCGUUAACACGAAGACUGCAGUCAUGACCAUAGAAGAUCCCGAUGUUUAUUUUAAUAGGUCAUUGAAAUCGUAACUAAGUUAAUGACCUUGUUGAGUUUUUCAGCUUUCAUUGGUUUUAGUACAAACUACGAUGAAGAUCCAUUGUAAUCUUGCUCUGAAAUGUGUAUUCUAACCAUACGAUUUCAUUUUUCCUGAAAGUAAUUAAAUACUUCGAAAA